GGCCUUUUUUAUGUGAGCACUGCCCACAGACAUUUGUGCGCAAGGACCAUCUCCGCCGUCAUUAUACCUCCAAUCAUAAAAAGGAACUGUAUGACAUGCAGCUCAAAGCUAACCCUUAUGGCUGCAGGGCCUGUCUUAUUGUCUUCAAGAAGCUGGAAUAUUUGGACUACCACAACAAAACAACUCAUCCCAAUGGAAUCCAGGAGGAAGAAGACAAGUCACAAAAAGACAAACCGGUGAGAAUCGGCGCCAAGAACCCUGGUCAAGAUGCGAUCAAUUCCACUUCUGGUUUACAACAGCCAGUGAUUAAGGUGAUAAAACCAGCAGCACCGAACACGAUGGUCAAGCGCAUUCUCAUGCAGAAACCAACAGAUGAUGAUGUGCAGGGCAUCCUGCUGCCAAAGUUCCAGCAGAGCCAAGAAAAACCAGCUCCACAGCCGUCAGUGUCACAAGCUCAGUGUACUGAGUCUCAGCCUGUCUUGCCCGACCCUUUCUCCAUCAACGUCAUCAAAGUCCAGCAGCCCAACCAGCAGAUCAUUACAUCGAGCCUGCCCGUGGCUUCUUUCAUCUACCCGGCCACUAUACAGCUGACGUCGGCCUCCCAAACCCCUGUGUUUGACAUGGAGGACCCUGGGUGUGUGGAGCUUGGUGGCACAAACAUCAAGACCAUACCGUUCCACUUCCCAAACCGAGUGCUCAGCCAAGAGCAGUUACACAGCCUCAUCAACUCACGACAACAGCUUGAGAACCAACAACAACAGCAAAAUCAACAACAGCAGCAGCAGCAGCAAAAUCAACCGGAGCAGCAGCCAAUACAGCAAAAACAAAUGCAGAUCAUCCACCAGCCGCUGCAGAAUGUCCAGCAGGACCCGAGCACAGGUGCAAUGUCCAUGCCAGUCCAGCAGCUGCAGUUGCAUCAGCAGUUCUCGUUACAGCCAGCUCAGGGGAUACCCCAGACCGUAAGCAUCCAAGAUCUCCAAAACUCUGGCAACACAAACUUUGUCAUUUUUCACAGACAAAACUUCAUGGGGCUGCAGGGUCUGAGCCUGGCCGAACCCGUCACGGUCAUUAAAGAUGCCGCCCUGUAUAACAAGCAGGCUGGACAGCCUGUGUUUCAGGCGCACGUAAAGCC